UCAGACAACUUUUCAUUUCCAUUUGUUUCUUUCUUGAAUCUUGAUCCCCUUUCAAGCUCCUUGAAUUUCACACCAAGUGUUUAAUUCCAUCCCACAAACCCUAACUCCUGCUUCAAUCCAAGCCCUAAUAAGUGAUUUCACAGAAUCCUUAGGUUAAGGUGUGUGAAUUGUGGGAACGAAGUUAUCGCUGAUCGUGCGGCGAUCUCUCUUUCUUUUUUCAAUGCGUGUUUCAGAUUUCAAGCAUAAGUGAAUUGACCCUCGGCCAAUAAGCAUUGUGAAGUCCAAGCUGGAAUUGGGAAUUCCAGAUACCAUGUCAUUGUUAUCCAUAUGAUUGUUUGAAGAAGGAAAGGGGUUUACUCUUUUAGUGGAGAUGGCAGACGCAGUAGCUAUAAUGGAGGCAGCAGGAUCCCGAUUUAGCGACUUGGAACUCAUUGGAAGGGGAUCUUUUGGGGAUGUCUAUAAGGGGUUUGAUAAGGAAAACAACAAAGAGGUAGCUAUUAAAGUUAUCGAUUUGGAAGAAUCAGAGGAUGAGAUUGAAGACAUCCAAAAGGAAAUAGCAGUUCUGCAACAAUGUCGAUCUCCAUAUAUUACAGAAUACUAUGGAUCAUAUCUUCACCAAACUAAACUAUGGAUAAUCAUGGAGUACAUGGCUGGAGGCUCUGUUGCUGAUCUGAUUCAACCAAAUCAACCGUUGGAUGAAAUGUCGAUUGCUUGCAUUUUACGUGACUUGCUGCAUGCAAUUGAAUAUCUCCAUAAUGAAGGGAAGAUCCACAGAGACAUUAAAGCUGCAAACAUUUUGUUGACUGCCAAUGGUGAUGUUAAGGUUGCAGACUUUGGUGUGUCUGCACAGCUAACCCGCACCAUUUCUAGAAGAAAGACCUUUGUAGGAACACCAUUUUGGAUGGCACCAGAAGUAAUUCAGAAUUCAGAUGGAUAUAAUGAAAAGGCAGAUAUUUGGUCUUUAGGAAUAACUGCAAUUGAGAUGGCUAAAGGGGAGCCUCCUCUUGCUGAUCUUCAUCCCAUGAGAGUCCUUUUCAUCAUACCUAGAGAAAAUCCACCCCAGCUAGAUGAACAUUUUUCUCGCCCAAUGAAAGAAUUUGUUUCAUUGUGUUUAAAGAAGUCGCCUGCUGAGAGACCAAGUGCAAAGGAACUUCUGAAACAUCGGUUUAUUAAAAAUGCUAGGAAGAAUCCAAGACUACUGGAGAGAAUCAGAGAACGACCAAAGUUCCACAUCAAGGAAGAUGGGGAUUCGCCUAGAAAUGGUACACAGGGUGGUGGUUUAGGGGAAGGGUCUAACACCGUGAAGGUGACGACAAGGGAUUCUAGAGUUGAAGACACUACUGUUCGAGUCAGUAGUAACCAGAGUAGUAAAACGACAAGAAAUGCUGGAUGGGAUUUUAGCAUAGGUGGUGGGUCCGGGACAGGGACAGGGACAGUUAGAAGCGCUGUGAGACCACCUCAAAUUAGAGACAGAAAAACAGACUCUCUUUCAACUUCAAAUCAAGCAACACAGAAGAGAGUUACUACAGAAGCUACUGGUACUACAAGAAGAUCAUCAUCAGAAGUUUCUAGAAACAGAGACUCCGAUCAUAUUCAUGACAAAAAACAAGAUUAUUACAGGGGCGAUGAAGAUAUGCCAAUGGAUGGCACUGGAACUGUGGUUGUGAGAUCUCCAAGAGCUCAAACCUCCUCACUUUUCAGUGAUCAAAGUACAAUGUCGAGUAGCACAUUUAGCUCUUUUGAAGAUGCAUCCAUCAGUGGCACUUUUGUCUACCGGGGCCCACACGAUGACUUCGAUUCCCCCCGAACACCAAAAUCUAGACUUGGAAUCCAAGAAAAAACAUCAACUGCUUCACAUGAAGAUAGUGCAUUAAACCUAGCAGAGGCAAAGGCUGCACUACAAGGAGGAAUGAAGAAAGGACACACCAAAGAUAAGUCUGGUUUAAGCAAGGUUCAAAAGGGUAUAGUCCAAGAAACUGGUAGCAGAGUUGAAAAGUCAACAAGUAGCAUAGAUUCAACAAGACAUUCGAGCGAUUAUUAUGAUGCGAUAAAAGCGUUCCCGAAACCUCGGCAAGCAAGUAGUGACGAAGAAGAGAUGGCUAGAACCUCUGCCACAUCAGCAUCCGCCCCUUUGUCUAUUCUGAUAGUUCCUUCCUUGAAAGAGGCAAUUGCGGAUGAUUUAGAAGCAUCUGUGGUUCGAUCUGUGAUAAGUUCUUUGAUGGAUAUGGAAUACACAAAGCCUGGAUCUUGUGAAUUUCUUGUCACCAGGCUGCUUCACCGGUUAGCUAGUUCAAAAGAAGCGGCGUUGAAGGAUCUACAAGAGGUGGCGACACGGGGAUUCUCCAAGGGUAAAAAGGCAAUUGAGCCGGAGAAUGCAAAUGCAGAAGCCGAUAGCAAAAAGAAGCAAGCCAACAAAGAGGCUCAGUCAAAUGCCAACAUAAGCCCCCUUGCGAGGUUCUUGCUUUCAAGAUGGCAAGGGCAAAGUUGGCGGGAUCUCAACCCAACUUAGAGGAGUUAUAACAACCAAAUUCCAUUCCGGUGGUUUCUAUGUUAAUUAUUAUUAAUUUAUUCAAGUGUACAUAACAUCAAGAGAAGAUUAUAUAGUAACUUAUAUAUUUAUCUUUUUUUUUUUUUUUUUUUUUUUAUAUCUCCGUGUCAGUUUCUUUGACUGAGCCUUUUGUAGUGAAAUAUUGUUGUAUACUUUGGUUGGGGUAGUUUGAUCAUGAUUUUUGACAUGGAGUUGAUGUUUUCGUUGUUA